CCAUCUUUUACUCUCACAGUCUCACACUCUCUUCCUCUUUCUCUCUCCUCUCUGUCUCUCUCUGUCUCUUUGUGCAGAAGGCUGAAAACCUUUUACCCAAGUCAACUGGCUCGCCUUUCAGAAGGUCUAAACCAGCUUCCGAGAAACACAACUCAACGAACGCAGACACGAAAAAGCUCCUCCCUUUUUCCCUUUUUUUUCCUUUCUUAAAUGGAGAAAUUUUCAUCUUCUGGAUUCGGCUUUCUGAUGAGGGGAAUAAUCUAAUGGUUUCUUGUAAAUCGCUCUCAAACCCCUCGUUUUAUCCGCUAUCGGGGAGGCGAUUGUUUUCUUUUUCGUGUUCGAUUUGUGUUUCUCUAAUUUGAACAGUCAAAUCUACCAAUUGGGGAACCUGUAUUUGUAGAUGUCACCGAACUUCACAGAUAAAAGUUUGUGUUCACACUAGAUCUGCUUUGCUUCACGGAUCUGGUUCGAUUUUUUCCCAAGUUCUUUGCACCUGAAACUUUAAUUCUAGUGAUCUCUAGAUAAAAAGGCAGUCGGAGAAGAGAGGAGACUUCGUUUUGUGUUUUGGCUACAUGGGGGCUUGCUGGAGCGCUCGAAUUGCUGAGAGUCCGUAUCACACAGGGGUGAACUCAAAAAAUGUUAGUAAAGAUGGAACCAGUCUGAGCAGUGCAAGUAGCAAAGUCUCGUCUGUUUCCGUGCCUCCAACCCCUCGGACUGAAGGUGAGAUUUUGCAGUCCUCCAAUGUAAAGAGCUUUAGCUUUAGUGAUCUCAAAAUGGCUACUAGAAACUUCCGACCUGAUAGCGUCUUGGGAGAAGGCGGCUUUGGUUCAGUCUUUAAGGGGUGGAUCGAUGAACAUGCAUAUACAGCUACGAAGCCUGGUACUGGCAUGGUUAUCGCUGUCAAAAGGCUCAACCAAGAAGGUUUCCAGGGCCACAAAGAAUGGUUGGCAGAAGUUAAUUAUUUGGGGCAACUCUAUCAUCCUAAUCUUGUAAAGUUGAUUGGCUACUGCUUAGAAGAUGAACACAGACUGUUGGUAUACGAAUUUAUGCCCCGGGGAAGUUUGGAGAAUCAUCUGUUCAGGAGGGGUUCUUACUUCCAACCACUUUCUUGGAACCUUCGCAUGAAAGUUGCUCUUGGUGCUGCGAAGGGGCUUGCAUUUCUUCACAGUGCUGAAGCAAAAGUCAUAUACCGAGAUUUCAAGACUUCCAAUGUUCUUUUAGAUUCGAGCUACAAUGCAAAGCUUUCUGAUUUUGGUUUGGCCAAGGAUGGUCCAACUGGUGAUAAGAGCCAUGUCUCCACUAGGGUCAUGGGGACAUAUGGAUAUGCAGCUCCAGAGUACCUGGCUACAGGUCAUCUUACUGCUAAGAGCGAUGUAUACAGCUUUGGAGUUGUUCUCCUAGAAAUGUUAUCUGGUCGACGAGCUAUAGACAAAAACCGGCCAUCUGGAGAGCACAACCUGGUUGAAUGGGCCAAGCCUUACCUGACGAAUAAACGUAAAUUUUACCGUGUUUUGGACACACGUCUGGAAGGCCAGUACUCAUUGAGUGGAGCCCUGAAGGCAGCAAUUCUCGCUCUCCAAUGCCUUUCCACAGAAGCCAAGUUAAGGCCAGACAUGGAUCAGGUGGUAACAGCAUUGGAGCAGCUUCAAGACUGCAAAGAUGUAAGUACUGAGAAUGGGAACCACCCAAACCAUCAGAGUCGCUCCACUGGUGGUCCCAAGUCGCGUUCAAGAAGUACAGAUGAAGCUUCUAAUGGGAAGCCUAAGGCUUCUUAUCCCAGGCCAUCUGCUUCACCCCUUUACAGUUGAGAGCAAAGGAGAUGGAACUGGAUUCAUCUGUGAUCCUUCCCAGUGGAGAGAAGUUCGUUCACCUCAGAUGGUUUGGGAAUGGAAGACCACCAUGGUCCCAGGAACUGCGCAAUGUAGUGUACCUGUAUUUGUUCGAUUAAAUGUACAGUUCUUUUUGGGCUAAUGUAAUUGUAGUCCACCAUAGGUAAAAUACUGGUUGUGCCUGGAAUAUGAAACAUCUAGAGCAAAUUAAGAGCUGAGGAUUACCAACUAGUCUGUAACAUUUGAAAGGUCAGCCUGCAUAGCAGGGUUCCCUACUAUCUUUCGAAGGUGGGAAGGUGGGAAGGUGGGAAGCAGGGAAGGAGGGAAGGAAGGAGAGGGGAAAGCUGAUUUUGCAUACAUGAAAAUACCUUGUACCAAUCUCUUUCAUGUUGAUCAUUUUGUGCCAUUUUGAGUUACCUUUUUGUCCUUGAAAUGAUGAUUCUACUA